GGAAGCCUCACAGCGGCUCGGAAAGCUCAGAGAAACACUCACAUCUACGGGGAGAGAGACCCGGAGGACGGGUUCUGGAGGCAAUGAGGACGGCCGGGACACAGAGCAGGCAGCCCCGGCACCGGAGCGCACAUAUGGGCUUAAACCCGGAGCUGUAACCGCGGAGGUUUGUUCUCAUUGUGUGCGGAGUGGCGCAGGAGAAAAGGAUGCCUCCGCGGCCAAACACAGCCCUCCUGUUACGAUCCAAACGCCAGAUUAUUCCCCGACAGAAAGUGUCUUCUCUGCCCGAUCUGACGGACGCUUUGCUGCCGCUGAUUCCUGAAGGACACCGUCCACCAUGCGGCCCGCUCAGCACCCAUGAAAACUCUCAAUGAAAACAAGGAGCAGCAGGAGGAGGAGGGGUCUGGCUGCAGAGCCAUGGAGGACAAGGAGAACAAUCUGAAAACGGCCAGGUUGUGGAGGGAUGCCGCCCUGCGCUCCAGGAAGCUGCGGAGCAACCUGCGCCAGCUCACCCUCUGCUCCAAGAACAACGAGAUUAUCCUGCCGGAGGAUAUAUCCGAGAUAGAGGUGCUCAACCUGGGCAACAACUCCCUGCAGGAGCUGCCAGACGGGCUGGGAUCCACCCUCAACAACCUGCGCAUCCUGGUCCUCCGCAGGAACAAGUUCUCCUGUGUGCCCUGCGUGGUGUUCGAGCUGGGGCAGCUGGUGGAGCUCGACAUGAGCCACAACCUCCUGAGGAGCCUGUCUGAGGGGGUGAGCCAGCUGAAGGGCCUGAAGAAGCUCUGCAUCAGUCACAACAAGAUCCAGUCCCUGCCAGCUCAGAUCGGAGCACUGCAGUUUCUGGAGGAACUGGACAUCAGCUUCAACGAGCUGCGAGACUUCCCCAGAUCCUUCAGCUGCCUCAACAGGCUGCGGACGCUGGAUGCAGAUCACAACAAGCUGAACCAGUUCCCCCCCGAGAUCCUGGCGCUCAGCGACCUGGAGGAGCUCGACUGCUCCGGGAACAAGUUUGAGGUUUUACCACCAGACAUCAUGAAGCUGCAGCCCAUUAAAAUCCUGUGGCUCAGCAGUCUCCACAUGUCCUCGCUACCUGAUGCUUUCUGUCACCUGCACAACCUGGAGAGUCUGAUGCUGGACGGGAACAACCUCACAGCGCUGCCGGCUUCGUUCGGCAGCCUGCAAAGACUGAAAAUGAUAAAUCUGUCCUCAAAUGAGUUUGAGAACUUCCCCCAGGUGAUUUUAAGCAUCACGGGAUUAGAGGAACUGUACCUGAGCAGGAAUAAACUCAUACAUAUACCAGAGGAUAUCGGGCAUCUGGGGAAGCUGGCGAACCUUUGGCUGGACAACAACAACAUCACAUAUCUGCCGGACUCCAUCGUGGAGCUGGAGAAGCUGGAGGAGCUCGUCUUACAGGGUAACCAAAUAGCCAUACUGCCAGAUAACUUUGGAAAGCUGUCCAGAGUGAACAUUUGGAAGGUGAAGGAUAACCCGCUCAUCCAGCCGCCGUACGAGGUGUGCAUGAAGGGGAUUCCUUACAUCGCCGCCUAUCAGAAGGAACUUGCACAUUCCCAGCUCGCUGUGAAGCCGCGGCUCAAACUGGUCCUGAUGGGGAUGAAGAACGCUGGGAAGACGCGGCUCAGGCAGAGCGUGGUGAGCCGACAGCAGGAUGCUGCAGGGAUCCAGGGAAGCAAAGGAAUCGAAGUCACUAACUGGGUGGCAGAUGCGGAUCGCUGUCUCACUUUUCUGGUGUAUGAUUUGUCAGGGAAGCAAAACUACCACCUCAUCAAACCAUUCUUCCUGUCCCCCGGUGCUCUCUACGUUCUGGUCGUGAACCUUAAAACAUAUUCACCCAAAAACUUUUACGCCCACGUCGGGUAUUUCCUCCACCUGCUCAGUGCCAAAGUUCCCCACGCUGUCGUGUGCCUGGUGGGCACGCACGCUGACCUGUGUGGGGAAGUGGAGCUAGAGGAGAAGAGUCUGGACAUCCACAGGCAGAUCGGCCUGCAGGAGAAGAGGGACAUUCAGAGUCUGAGGAGCCUGGCUCUGCAGGUGGACCAGGCGCUGGAGCAGGGCUUCAGCGUCCGCACCUCCAGCCCUCACGUCCUCUUCUACGGCGUCUCUGACAGGAACCUGCGGAGGAGGAAAGCCCAGCUGCAGUACAUGCUGAACCAGCGGCUGCAGAUCCUUUCUCCUGUGCUGAGCGUCAGCUGCACAGAGACACAGAGGAACAUUCAGAGGCUGCGGGAGAAGCUCAUGUCUGUCGCAGACCACAGGGACAUCUUCCCAAACCUCCACCGCGUGCUGCCCAAGUCCUGGCAGAUGCUGGAGGAGCUGCACUUUAAGCCCAAAGACUUGUGGCUGUCGUGGUGGGACUCAGCCCGGCUGGGCCUGCAGGCGGGGCUGACGGAGGACCGGCUGCAAAGCGCCCUGUCCUACUUGCACGAGAGCGGGAAGCUGCUCUACUUCGAGGACAGCCUGACGCUGAAGGAGUAUGUUUUCCACAAUCUUCCACGUUUCAUCGCAAUCCUCAACGUCUUCUUCCAGAGGGACGAGUCCACGCUGUUGGACCGGCUCCUCUCUGAGGGGGAGAGAGGGGACAAAGGCCGGGUGAGUCUGGUGAUAGAGGACGAGAAGGGGGAGAACCUCAGGGUCACCCAUCUGCAGCAUCAUGUGGAGGGAUUCCUGCAGCACGGCCUCCUGCCCUCCAACAUCAUCCGCCUGCUCCUCCGGCCGCUCAUCCAGACCCAGCAGGACCUCCAUCUCAUCAUGGAGCUCCUGGAGAAGAUGGGCGUCUGCUACUGCAUCAACAAACCCCGCAGCAAACCUCUGAACGGGGCCACCGCCUGGUACAAGUUCCCCAGCUACGUCAGCAGCGAGGAGCCCCGGGCGGAGGCCUCGGCCAGCGGUGGCUCCGUCCCCCUUUGUCCGCUCUUCUCUGUGGAGCAGCUGCACAUCCAGUACAGAUUCCCCUUCCUCUUCCCUCCUGGACUGUUUGCUCGCUUCAGCGUGCAGAUAAACAGCCACGUGGUUCAGCGGUCGGACGGCAGGCAUCAGAUCUUCGCCUAUCGGGGUAAAGUCCCGGUGGAGAUCAGCCACCAGCCCUCUAAAGGGAAGCUGCAGGCAGAGACUCUGUCCAUCACCAGCCACGCCUCGCUGCCCAACAUCUGGACUGCGUGGCAGGCCGUCACCCCCCUGGUGGAGGAGCUGAACGUGCUGCUGCAGGAGUGGCCCGGUCUGCAUUACUCUGUACAUAUCCUGUGUUCCAAGUGCCUGAAGAGAGGGUCAUCCAGCCCACACGCCUUUCCAGGGGAGCUUCUGAGCCAGCCUCGGCCCGACGGUCUGACGGAGAUCAUCUGUCCAAAGAACGGCUCUGAGCGGGUCAACGUGGCUCUGGUUUACCCGCCCACGCCGACCGUGGUCAGCCCCUGUCUGAAGUGAAGGGGGGG